CUGAGCUUGGCUCUUUUACCCCAACAUCCCCGACCACCCUCACAGAGGCAGCUCCAAAUUUCCAAACGCCUCUAGGAUUUUUUUAUUGGCCGUUUUAUUUCCUUUUUUUCUCCCCCCCGUCGUACAACAUGACUCAGAAAACAGGAAGUAGGAAUUAAAAAAAAAUCCACAAAAUGGGACACGUUUAUUGCUGAUUGGACAGACUUGGGCUGCAGCCAGUGGUUUACUUUGGGUUUUUUUUUUUUUGCUGAAGCCCCCACAAGCAUGGCUGAAGGAGCCAAGCCUGCCACCGCCUCCGGCCGGUCCAGUGAGGCGGCAGAACCAUGGACAAGUUCUCUCAGAUCCAAAGCUGUGGCGCUCCUCUGGAAACUGAAGAUGUCCGUGGAGCUGCUGGUUGCCCUGGCUGCUCUCCUGUCUUGGGUGGUUGUGGGAGUGGUGAUGUUUGACUUUGUAGAGUACAAAGCAGUCCCUGAUGUUCAGCAAAUCAUUACUGACCCCGUUCAAGCAGUACAUGACGCUGUUGAUGAAGUAUCCAUCCUGCUCAAUAAGUUUCAAGAAUGUGCUCCUGAUCUGAGUGACCCCAUGUCUGCUGCCACGUAUGCAGCCGAGGAAAUAACAACAGCAAAGGAUGGGUUUGUGCGCCACUUUUCAGAUGAUGACGGAAAAUUCUACCUCAGCUACAUCGACCCAGUCACCAUCGGCAGACAAGCUUUCCAUUCAACCAACGACUUCGUGAACGGAGCUGUGGCUUCACUCAGAGACACACUUUGUGCUGCAGCAGAUAUGAUAUUGGAUACGGCCCUGGAUAUAAAUACAGGAAACAUAGAUCUGAGUUACAUUGACCCUGUGGUUAUAGGCAGAGGUGUCUUCAGUCUGACUAAUGACCUCAUGAAUGGAGUUGUGGAAAACAUCCAGAAGGUGCUGUGCUGCAUUCGGGACACUGUGCUGGAUCAAAUUCAAGGAAGUACGGACGUAAACAUUGUGGACCCCGUUGUGAUCGGCAGAAAAGUCUUCCAUGUUGUCGAUGACGGCGUGAGUGGGAUAGUGGCACCCAUCCAGGACAUAAUCUGCACCGUUCUAGACUUUGUUCUGGAUGUUUUCAGAGGAACGACUGACGUUAGCGUCAUUGACCCUGUGACGGUGGGCAGAAACGUCUUCGGUGUCGUGAAUGAUUUUGCUAAUGAAAUAGGGGCUUACAUUCAGGACAUUUUCUGCACCAUACUGGAUUUCAUCUUGGAUAUUUUCAAAGGAACAAUAGACAUCAGCUUUAUUGACCCGGUGACUGUGGGCCGUUAUGUCUUUAAUCUUGUAAAUGAUUUUGUGAGCGGAAUUGCAAGAUUCGUCCAGGACAGUCUCUGUGUAUUUCUGGAUGGAAUACUGGAUAUUUUAAAAGAUGUCCAGCAGGCUGUUGGGUUUAGUCCCGUCUCGGUUCUGAGAACAACGACAGAGACUAUAAGAGAACUGAUCGACAGCUUCCUUCCCACAACGCUGAUCGGUGAUCAAGGAAUUGUGCCUGAAGUGUCUGUGGACCCAAUGCAAGUCGUGGAGGAGGCGCUGCUUGAAUUCUCUGACAAGAAGGAGCUGUUCUUAGGUUACAUGUCAAGCAUGUUGGUUGGUGAUCAAGAAACGGCCCAUUCUUCAGCUGAUAUGAAGUUGGUUAGAAAGAAAGGUGAAUUCCUGCCUCCAUCGGAAAAAGGUACAGAGAGGACGCACGAGGAGGAAGUGGAAGAGGAGGUGAAGGAGGAAGAACCUGCUGAAGCUGCUGAGAUCAUGGAGGAGGGCGAUUCUGAGGCAAAACAUGAUGAGGAAAUCCAGCCAGAAGCAACGCUUUGGGAGGAAGAAAUCCUUGAUCGGGGUAGCAAAACCAAGGAAGAAGAGACUGAGAGUCAGGGGGAAUACACAAAGAAAGAAGAAGAUCCAGAUACAGACAAGACUGAUAUAGAAGAUUUUAGGAAAACAGAUUUCUUGUUUGUCACUCCCGACGAGAUGGAGGAGAAAUCCGGAACUGUAGAAAUUUUGGCUGAAGAUGAAGAGGUGAAAGAGGAGGUCAAAACUGAAGAUAUAAAAGAGGAUCUAAAUGAAGAGGAGACCAGUAGCACUGAGGUUGUAGAAGAUGAAAAGGCAAGAGGAGACACAAAAACUAAUGAGGAUUUGGCAGAAGCUGAGAAGGAGCCAAAACCUAAGGAUAUUUUUACUGAAGAUAAAGUAGAAGACACCAAACCGGAGAAACUAACAGAAGAUCAACCUCAGAAAGAAGCUUCAACUGUGGAAAAAGAGGCUGUAGAAGAUAAAGAAGCAGAGGAGGACAGACUAAAAGAUGAAGAGGAAGAAAUUCAAACUAAAGAAAACUUGGAAAGAUACACAAAAGAAGAGGAAGAUGGGGAAAUAGACAAUAUGAUAGAUUUUAAGGAAGAGGAGAAGAAACAGGAAUCUACUGGUCCAGCUGAAAAAGAAGAGGAGGAGGAGGAGGAGGAGGAGGACCAGGCAGAGACCACAAUUCGAGAUUUAACACAAGAACAGCAGAAGGUUGAAACUGAAGCUGGAAAAGACAUAGAAGCAACUGAAGAGGAUUUGACAGAAGAGGAAGAAUCCAAAACCAAAACUGAAUCUGAAAAACACAUUAUUAAAGACGAGGAAGAGGAGGCCAAAGUGGACAUUUUGACAGAUGUAAAUGAAGGUACAGCUGAAAAACAGCAAGGCAAGACUGCGGAGGAGGAUGAGGAGGAGUCUGACCCUGAACACCUUUUGGCUGAAGAUAAAGAGAAGGAGGCAAAGGAAGCCAAAACUGAGGAAACAAUAAUAGACAAAGAUGAAGACAAAGAGACAGGAGAAGAUGCUGGAACUGAAGAAGAUCUGGCAGAAGAUGAAGAAGAGGAAGAACCCAAAACAAUAGAGGAUUUGCCACAAUUUGAAGAGAAGAAACGAAAAAAAGAAGAGGAGGAAACAAAAGUCACAUUUUUGGCUAAAAAAGAUGAAGACCAAGUGAGGCAGGAAGAAAAACCAGAACAACUGGAGUCUAAAGAUAAGGCCCAAGAAAAAAUGGGAAAACGUAUGGAGGACAGCUCUGUGUUUGAAUCCCACGAGGCAGAGGAGGAAACAUUUUCAGCAUCUGAGAGCAGAAAGGUGAAACCCAAAGAAAGGAGGAAGACCCGUGUUUCCCUCCAGAAGCUCAGAGACGAGCCACUCAAAGAAAAACACAGCCAUGAAAUGGAGAAAGAAGAACAACUCAUGAAGAAACCUCUAAAAGAUGAUGAUGAGGUUGGAAAAAUGCCUGACAAACCACUUCUAAAGAAAAGUAAAGAAAAGGAAGAACCCAAGGGAGAUAAAGUAAAAGAGCAAUCAAAAGAAGAGAAAGAAGACAAGAAACUAACAAAGCAAGAGAAGAAAUUGAAGAUAGCUAAACAGGAGGAUAAACCAAUAGAGAAACGUCAAAAAGAAAAGGACAAAAAGGUAUUAAAAGACACGAGAAUUAAGGAAGAAGAACAAAUUAUGCCUCCCAAAGAAAUGAAACCAGAAAAACAAGUUAUUGGAGAAAAGAUGAAUUUGGAAAAAACUCAUCAGAAAGAGAAGGAGGUAGACCAAGAACCAAGACUCCCGAAGGAUAAAAAAGAAGCCCAGAAGCAUCAAAUAGAUAAAACAGAACCUGCAAAAGAGGAAAAGGAAACACAGAAAUCCACAAAAGCUGCAGAAGUGAAGGAAAGAAAACCUCCUAAAGAAGAAAAGAAGCCUAUAAAAAAGACCAAAGAUGAAAGGGAAUCUCCUGAAGAACAGACAGAGGUAGAGAAACUUCCUGAAGAAGGAAAAGAAAAAACAAUUACUGAAGAAGAAAAAGAAGUCCCAGAGGACAAAAAAGAGAAGGAAGCUCCCUUAGAGGAAAAAGAUGACAAAGAAUCUGUGAAGGAGGACAAAGUAAUACCAGAACCUACAGAAGAGGAGAUCAAGGAAAGGAAGUCUCCUGAAGAUAAGAAGAAACAUUUCAAAGAAAAGACAAAGAAAAAAGAGCACCCUAAAGAUGAAAUAGAGCGACCUAAAGAGGAAAAGGAAAGAGAGAAGCUUCCAAAAGAAGACAAGGAAGAAAAGAGGCAGACCAAACAAAAACUAGAAAGACAGAAAGACCUAAAAGAAGAGGAGGUGAAGGAUCCUCUUAAAGAAGACAAAACAACUCCCAGAGACAAAGGAGAGGAAAUAAGAACUCCAAAAGUGAAAGAAAUGAAAAAGACUGUUGCCAAAAUAGAUAAGAAAACCAAAGAUGAGAAAAAUAAAUCUCUCAAAGAACAAGAGGAUUCUCAAAAACCACUGAGAGAAAUUACAGAAAAGAAAGGCUCAGAAUCAGAGAAGAGAAUAAAGAAAACUUCUGAAAAAAAGGAAAAACUCUCCAUAGAGGACAUAAAAAAGAGACAGUCAAAGGAAGACUUGAAGAUUCCUCUUAGAAAAGAGAAAGGAAUUACAAAACUUACCAAACAAAAGAAAAAUGAAACUGAAGCAUCUAUAGGUGACAAAAAAGAAAAGAUUCCCCUAAAAGCACAGAAAGAAGAAAAGCAUCUGGAAGAAAAGUUAAAAGAGGAGAAAAUUCCCAAAGAUGAAGUCCACAAACUCCCAAAAGAGGACAAGAAACUGAAGAAAACUACCAGAGAUUUGAAAGAACAUCCUACUGAUGAGAAGGUAGGAAUAACCCAACCCAUCAAGGAACAGGAAAAAAGAGCAGAACUGCAAAAAGAAGUCAAGAAAGGUCCCAAAGAAAAGAAGGAAGACAUAGAGCUGUCCAAAGGAAUGAAAGAUAAACACCCCAAAGAGAAGAGGGAAAUAAAGAAAUCUGUCAAAGAAGAAAUGAAAAAUGUAACAAAAGAAGAAAUAGAAUUAAAGAAACAAUUGAAAGAAGAGGGAGAAAGAAAAGCUCCUUCCAAAAAGGAAAAAGAUCAGACAAAAACUCACAAAGAAAAAAUGGUGGAGGUGCUGUUCAAAGAGGAAAAAGGAAAACAGAAACCAACUAAAUUAAAAGACAAGAAAGAAGAAAUAAUACUUCCAAAAGAGAAAAAAGAGGUUAAGAAACCUUUAAAAGAAAAGAAAGAAGAAAUAAUACUUCCAAAAGUGGAAAACAUAUUGAAGGAGGAGCCCAAAAAGGAAAAAGAGAAAAGGAAACCAUCCAAAGAAGAUGAAAAACUGAAGAAACCUCUAAAAGAAAAGAAGGAAAGAAUAUUAAUGCCAAAAGAGGAAGAACUAAUUGAAAUUCCCAAAGAGAAAGAAGAGAAAAAUGAAACAUCUAAAGAAGUAAAGAAACCUCUGAAAGAAAAGAAAGAUGAAAAAAUAUUUCCAAAACAGAAAAAAGAGGUUAAGAAACCUUCAAAAGAAAAGAAGGAAGAAAUAAUAAAAGAGGAAAAAAUAUCAAAGGUGGAGUCCAAAAGGGAAAAGGAAGAAAGGAAACCAUCCAAAGAUGUUAAAGAGUUAAAGAAACCUCACAAAGAACAGAAAGAAGAAAUAAUUCCUUCAAAGGAGGAAAAAGAAUUCAAGGCGGAGCCUAAAAAGGAAGAAGAUAAAGAGAAACCAUCCAAAGACAUUCAAGACGAUAAGAAACUUCGCAAAGAAAAGAAGAAAGAAAUAAUUCGUCAAAAAGAGGAAGCUAAAAAGAUUGAGCUGCCCAAAGAGGAAAAAGAUAAGAAGAAACCAUCUAAAGAAGUUAAAGAAGUGAAGAAGACUCCUAAAGAAAAGAAGAAAGAAAUAUUACUUCCAAAAGAAGGAAAAAUAUUAAAAGAGGAGUCCAGAAGGGAAAAGGACGAAAGGAAACAAUCAAAAGAUGUUAAAGAGUUAAAGAAACCUCACAAAGAACAGAAGGAAAAAAUAAUUCCUUCAAAGGAGGAAAAAGAAUUGAAGGCGGAGCCUAAAGAGGAAAUAGAAUUCAAGGCGGAGCCCAAGGAGGAAAAAGAAUUCAAGGCGGAGCCUAAAAAGGAAGAAGAUAAAGAGAAACCAUCCAAAGACAUUCAAGACGAUAAGAAACCUCGCAAAGAAAAGAAGAAAGAAAUAAUUCGUCCAAAAGAGGAAAAAGAACCGAUUGAGCUGCCCAAAGAGGAAAAAGAUACGAAGAAACCUUCUAAAGAAGUUAAAGAAGUGAAGAAACCUCUUAAAGAAAAGAAGAAAGAAGUUUUUCUUCCAAAAGAGGAGAAAGAACUGAAGGAACAAACCAAAGAGGAAAAGGAGAAAAAGAAACAGUCUAAAGAUAUAAAGGAACCUCUAAAAGAAAAGAAGGAAGAAAUCAUUCUUCUAAAAGAGGAAAAAGAAUUGGAGGCAGAGUCUAAAGAGGAAAAAGAUAAGAAGAAACUAUCCAAAGACAUUGGAGACGUAAAGAAACCUCGCAAAGAAAAGGAAGAAGUGAUUCCCCCAAAAGAGGAAAAAAAACUGAAGGAUGAACCCAAAAGGGAAAAGGGGGAAAAGAAACCAUCCAAAGAUGUUAAAGAAGUGAAGAAGCCUCAAAAAGAAAAGAAGAAAGAAAUAUUACUUCCAAAAGAGGGAAAAAUAUUAAAGGAGGAGUCCAAACGGGAAAAGGAUGAAAAGAAACCAUCAAAAGAUGUCAAAGAAGUUAAGAAAUCUCGCAAAGAAAAGAAGGAAGAAAUAAUUCGUCCAAAAGAGGAAAAAGAACCAAUUGAGCUGCCCAAAGAGGAAGAAGAUAAGAAGAAACCAUCUAAGGAAGUUAAAGAAGUGAAGAAACCUCUUAAAGAAAAGAAGAAAGAAGUUUUUCUUCCAAAAGAGGAGAAAGAACUGAAGGAACAAACCAAAGAGGAAAAGGAGAAAAAGAAACAGUCUAAAGAUAUAAAGGAACCUCUAAAAGAAAAGAAGGAAAGAAUCAUCCCUUCAAAGGAGGAAAAAGAAUUGAAGGCAGAGCUUAAAGAGGAAAAACACAAGAAGAAACCAUCCAAAGAUGUUGAUGAGGGUGAGAAACAUCACAAAGAAAAGAAAGAAGAAAUAAUUCCCCUAAAAGAGGAAAAAGAACUGAAGGAUGAACCUAAAAAGGACAAGGAGGAAAAUAAACCAUCCAAAGACAUUAAAGACAGGAAAAAACCUCUCAAAGAAAGGAGGAGAGAAGUCAUUUCUCCAAAAAAGGAAAAAGAGAAUAUGAAACAAUCCAAAGAUGUUAAAGAGGUCAAGAAACCUCACAAAGAAAAGAAGAAAGACAUUUUACUUCCAAAAGAGGAAAAACAACCAAAGGAGCUGCCAAAACAGAAAAAAGAGGGUAAGAAACACUUUAAAGAAGAUAAAGUGAAGACACAUCUAAAAGAAAAGAAGGAAGAAGUCAUUCUUCCAAAAGAGGAAAAAGAACUGAAGGAGAAAACCAAAGAGGAAAAAGAGAAAAAGAAACCAUCCAAAGACAUAAAGGAACCUCUCAAAGAAAAGAAGGAAGAAAUCAUUCUUCUAAAAGAGGAAAAAGAACCAAAAGUGCGUCUUAAAGAGGAAAAAGAGAUCAUAAAUAAAACAUGCACAGAAGUAAAGAAACCUCUCAAAGAAAAAGAAAAAAUAGUUCUUCCAAAACAAGAAAUAGAACCAAAAGUGCAGCCUAAAGAGGAAAAAGAAAAAAGGAAACCAUCCAAAGUUAAAGAAGCCCAAAAAGAAAAGAAAAAAGGAAUUGUUCUUCGAAAAGUGGAAAAAGAACAGAAUAAGCUUUCUAAAAAGGAAAAAGAGAACAGCAAACCAUCUAAAGAAAUAAAAGAGGGAAAGAAACCUCUCAAAGAAAAGAAGAAAGAAAUCGUUCUUUCAAAACAGGGACCAAAGGAGCAGCUUAGAGAUGAAAAGGAGAAAAAGAAACCAUCUACAGUUGUAAAGAAACCUCUGAAAGAAAAGAAAGAAGGAACUAUUAAAGAAAAGAAGGAGCAUCCUAUGGAGGAAAAAGAAAUAAGGAAGCCAUCCAAUGAAACCAAAGAAGUGAAGAAAUGGCUGAAAGAAAAGACCGAACAUCUACCUCAAAAAGAGGAAAAAGAAUUACAGAUGCAGCCCAGAGAGGAAAAAGAAAGAAGUAAACCAUCUAAAGAAGUAAAGAAACCUCACAAAGAAAAGAGGGAAGAAAUAAUUCUUUCAAAAGAAGAAAAAGAACCAAAAAUACAACCUCAAGAGGAAAGAGAGAAAAUGAAACCAUCUAAAGAAGUAAAGAAACCUCACAAAGAAAAGACGGAAGAAAAAACUCUUCAAGAAGAGGAAAAAGGACCAGAAGUCCUGCCCAAAGAGAAAAAAGAAAGGAAGAUACCAUCUAAAGAAGUAAAGAAACAUCUGAAAGAAAAGGACAAAAUAACUAUUUCAAAACAGGAAAUAGAACUGAAGGAGCAGCCCAAGGAGGAUAUAGAGAAAAAGAGACCAUCUAAAGAAGUUAAAGAAGUGAAAGAAUCCCUUAGAGAAGAAAAAGAGGAAACCACACCUCCAUCAGAGGAAAAAGAAUUGAAAGAGCAGCCCGAAAAGGAAAAACAGAUCAAGAAAGCAUCCAAAGAAGUGAAGAAACUUCUCAAAGCAAAGAAGGAAAAAGUGAUUCCUUCCAAAGAAGAAAAAGAACUGAAAGAGCUGCCCAAAGAGAAAAAAGAGAGAAAGAAACCCCCCAAAGAAAAGGAUGAAAUCACAAAGCCCCUUAAAGAAAAGAAAGAAGAAAAAGAACCUCCAACUAAAGAGGAGUUGAAAAUACUUUCCAAAGAAGUUAAAAAGGUCAAGAAACCACUGAAAGAAAAGAAGCCUGAAACUCUACUUCCAACAGAGGAAACAGAACUGAAAGAGCAGCCUGAAGUGGAAGCGGAGAGAAAGAAACCUCCCAAAGAAAAGGAUGAAAUUACAAAGCCUGUCAAAGAAAAGAAAGAACAAAAAGAACCCCAAACUAAAAAAGAAAUAAAGAAACCUUCCAAAGAAUUUAAGGAAAAGCAGAAAACCAUGACACUUCCUGAAGGCAAGGAGGAAGUAAAAAAAUAUGUCAAGGAAAGACGAGAAGAAGAGGAGGAAGCACCCAAAGAAAUCAAAGAGAUGAAAGACAAAAAGGCAAAAUUGACCUCUGGAGAAAAACAGAAAUUGAAAAAAUCUCCAAAAGAAAGGAAAGAUGAGAAGAAACCCAUUGCAGCAGUUGAAGAAGAAAAGAAAACAUCCAAAGAAAAGGUAGAAAUAAAGAAAGAUGUAAGGAAACCUCCCACAGGAGACAGACCUGAAGAGUCACCCAAAGAAAGAAAGAAGGUUCCUAAAGAAGAAGCAGAACUAAAGAAACUUGAAAAAGAGAAGAAAAAAGAUAUACAACCCAAAGAAAGAAGACUGGGAAAAGAAUUUAUCAAAGAAAAGGUAGAACUAAAAGAAGAGGAGAAACCUCUACAAGAAAAAGCUAAACUGUCCAAGGAGCUAAAGGAAGACAAGAAAACUCAGAGAGGCAAGAAAAAAGUUCUCAAGUUAGAAGAUAAAGUCGAGACUAAAGAGCCAUUAAUGAUGAAGACGUCCCUCACAGAUGAUGAAGUCCACCCAUCAGAGGAUGGAGAGGAAACAAAAACUACACCAGUGGGAGACAAACGUCUCCAAGAAGAGGUAGAGGAGGAAACAAUUCAGCUCCUGAAGCAAGAAGCAAAAGGCAGGAAGCGUGAGAAAAAAGACAAAACAGUUCCUGUAGAGGAGGAAAUGGUUGAGGAAGUCCCUGAGGAAAAGACAGCCGAAGAAUCCCUUCUUCCACAAGAGGAAAAACUAAUAGCAGAAUCUGUUAAGGAAGAAAAGAUUCACAAAGAGAAGAAAGAACCACGAACGAAAGCUGUAAAAAAGAAGAAGAUGGAGACGCCUCUAACAGAGGAACCUGUCAAAGACAAGCAGCCAAAGAAGUCCAAAAAGGAGGAAAAACAAGUGAUGGCAAGAAAAGAAAAGACAGAACUGAAGAAACUGUCUAAAAAGGAGAAAAUAAGAAAGCCUCAAAAAGAACGUAUUCCUUCUAAAGAUGACCAGGAAUCUGCUGAGAAGAGAACCACUAAGACAGAUACCAAACCUAAAAAGAGAUUCAGAGAAGUCAAAGUGAAAGCUGCAUUACUUCUCAAGAAGGAGCAGCUUAAUAUCACAAAAGCAGAUGCUGUGGUUUCUAAGGAAAAAGUCAAACCAGCUCCAUCAAGUAAAGCUUCGCCAAUCAAGACAAAACCAGCACCUUCAGUUGAAAAACCAAAAGUAGCUGAGAAAAAUGUCACUAUAGUAAAGACGGUCAAGGUGGUGCCACUGAAGAAAGUGCCUGUGACUCCAAAAGAAAAAGUCCAACCACCACCAACCAAAAAACCUGAAGUCGUCAAGGAGAAGAAGGUUGAGCCAAAGGUGCCCAGAAAAGCACCUCUCACCAAGGCUAAAGCAUUGACUCCUCAAAAGAAAAAAGAGAAAACAGAGGAGCCUGAGCUCAAGCCGGCUCGCCCCAAAAAAGAGCCUGAGAUCUCCAAAGAAAAGGACAAACCAGCAGGAGUUAAGAAAGAAAAAGCUAUUGGGAAGAGGCCACUCAAAGAAGAAGUCCUAGAAGACAGAAUUCUUAAAGAGAUCCAGGAGCCUGUUAAGAAAGAAAAACCUGUGGAGAAAAUUGCAGCCAAGAAGGAAAAAGUUAAAGAAGAGCCCGCUGACAGCUUUCUCAUGGAGGAUGAGCUUCCAUACUUCCAGUGCUUCUUUGUGGAUGAAGAUGAGGCUCCUUUUCCGUUCUAUGCCUUCUCACCUCUACAGAUUUGACACACGAGUCGGAGUCGAGCAUUACUGUUUUGAUAAUCUGAUGAAUGUGACAAAAAUGUACUACCUGGGCUGCAGAAACACGGCUGCAGCACUUCCCUGUCUGCCUCCUGCAGGAAAUCCAGGGCAGCAAGGGAUGGUGAGGGAUUUUAAGGAUGUAGGUUUUUGAUUUAGAUUUUCCACAAUUGGUUGAGCUCUCGAACCAAAUACAUGCAGUCAGUGGAAGUCCUUUAUUUUGUUAACAUUCUUUUAUAUUUUGAGGUUUUACGUCAUUUUGAAAUGUGGUGUUUUAGAUUUUUUUUAAAGGAACAAUCCGUUUCCGGACCUUUCAUGAAAAUCUUGUUUUGUUUUUGCAGUCAUUCUGAAAAAAAUUGAGGAAAACUAUCAAACAGUGCCGCACAUGUGAAAAUAUAUUUUGAGUUAACAGGGAAACAGCAGUUUAAAUAGGACAGAUGGGAUGGCAGUGGCUUAGGCGGCUGAGCAGAUCGAAGGGUUGGCGGUUUGAUCCCUGCUCCACCCAGUCAACUGUUGCUGGGCCCCUUGGCGAGACACCACUCCCUGCGUCCAGUGUGUCUCCACCGUUGUGUGUAUGUGUACGAAUGUGCCGGUGAUGGUCAGAGGGGCAGUAGGCGCGAACUGGCAGCCAUGUCUCUGUCAGUCUGCCCCAGGGCAGCUGUGGUUACAUCAGUAGCUUACCAUCACCAAGUAUGAAUGAGGAGUGAAUGAAUAAUGGACACAUUGGAAGUGAGCGUCUGAAAAGCGCAGAUAAAUCCAAUCCAUUGUUAUUAUUAUUAUUGUCAUAGGUUUGGAUCCAGUUUCUCUUACAUUGUCAGAACUGUGGUGUACUGUACUGUAGUGUAGGCCUGAAUAAGCCUCAUCUCUAUUGUCAGAUGCUGUAACUGAAGUCUUCUUGAUUAAUCAAGAAUUAAUCAAGGUUUUUUUUUUUUUUUUACUUUGGAAAAUCACCACUAUAGCAUCUUUUUUUCCUUACACUUUUUUUUACGUUUAUUUUGUCGGCUGAACUUCAAAAGGAAUGACUGUGCAUUGUAUAUGAGAGCUCCCAAAAUGAUCUGUGGAACGAAACGUGAAAUGUUUGAAAGUCUUAUAGGAUGAAACCUUCUUGUUUUCUGCACCAGCUCUUCAUUUUGAUUUUGGUGUAGAAAGGGUUUCAUGUCCUGAACUCUGAACGAGGUUCGAGUUCAGUCUCGUUUCAGGAAACUAUCUUUUCCCAUCAGACAUGAGACAGAUUCUGUAAUUCCUUGACUGACCAAACACACACAGUCACUGACUUUUUAGUUGUGUACAAAAACCAGAAACUUGACAUACUGGAUACCUUUAAAUGCGGUUCUUUUGUAAAAGAAUCCAGAUAACAAUGUCUUUUCAUGGGCAUACAUGGUUUUAAACAAUGUAUUAGUGUUUGUAGUUAUAUGAACAGGGUUAUUUCUAAGGGAGGAUCUUGUUUUUGUGAAGUUCAGAAAAAAAACUAAUUUAGAAUGUGAAAAACAAUAAAAGACCCUUGUAGUAAGGCCUUUACAAAGUUGAAAUAUUCUAUUGAACAUUACGAGUGUUUCCUGAUGUGAAUGAGCAUCAGUUUUAUCUUAUUUUUUCAGACCAUUAUAUGUAGUUUUCAGUUUCGCUAGUGCGCGAAUUGUCUGAAUAAUUUGGCUCCAAAAUUCAACAGUUUGCACUGUAGAAUUUGACUGUGCCGUGCAUGUUUUGUGUUAUUUGUGCUUUUGACAAACUUUUAACUCUUGAAAAUCCGGUUUGUAAAUCCAAAGUUUGAGUCUCUCGAUGAUGUUGGGCAACGUGUCAUUUUAAGUAUCUGCAAGGAUCUGGGUGUAAAUAGUUUAACUGAUGGGGAAAGUGGUGUUUUAUCUUGAACUUUAGAACUUUGUAAGUCUAAUAUGUCAUUAUAAACCAGGCUCUGCCCAACCAUGCCCUCAUUGUGCUUGUGAAUAAAGCUUGUUAAAAAAAACAA